GUGACGUGGGCGUCGCGUCGGCGCACGCCGCCGCCGGUCGAUCGUCCGGCCGUCCCCAGCUCCCGGUCGUCGCCAUUCCCACUCAGUCACUGCGGACUCCUUGGGUUGUGUGGUGCUCCUGGACCGCUCUUUUAUCUUCCUUUUUGUUAGUUAAAUAAAAACCUUGUCCAACAUGUCCGACGAAGAAGAAGUUUACUCCGAAGAAGAGGAGGAGGAGGAGGUUGUUGAGACGCACGUCGAAAAGAGACACGUAGAAGAACAGGAACAAACUGGCGAUCCAGAAUUCAUCAAGCGUCAGGACCAGAAGAGGUCCGAUCUCGAUGAGCAGCUGCGUGAGUACAUCACGGAAUGGCGCAAGCAGCGCUCCAAGGAAGAGGACGACCUCAAGAAGCUGAAGGAGAAGCAGGCCAAGCGCAAGGUGACCCGCGCCGAGGAAGAGAAGAAGCAACAAGAGCGCAAGAAGCAGGAAGAGGAGCGUCGCAUCCGUGAGAUUGAGGAGAAGAAACAGCGCGAUAUUGAAGAGAAGCGCAUGCGUCUCGAGGAAGCCGAGAAGAAACGCCAGGCAAUGAUGCAGGCGCUCAAGGACCAAAGCAAGACCAAGGGUCCCAACUUCACCAUUGCCAAAAAAGAUGCUUCUUCCAACCUUAGUGCUGCCCAAGUUGAGAGGAACAAGACCAAGGAACAGCUUGAAGAAGAAAAGAAGAUCUCCCUCUCCAUCCGCAUCAAGCCUUUGGUGAUGGAUGGUUUGAGCGAGGACAAGCUCAAAGUCAAGGCCCAAGAACUCUGGGAGUGCAUUGUCAAGCUGGAGACCGAGAAAUACGAUCUGGAAGAAAGGCAGAAACGCCAGGACUACGAUCUUAAAGAAUUGAAAGAAAGACAGAAGCAGCAGCUCAGACACAAGGCCUUGAAGAAGGGCUUGGACCCUGAAGCUCUCACCGGCAAAUACCCACCCAAGAUCCAGGUCGCCUCCAAAUACGAGCGUCGCGUGGACACCAGGUCAUACGACGACAAGAAGAAACUCUUCGAAGGCGGUUAUGAUAGUUUAGCGUUGGAAUUUAUGGAAAAAUCGUGGAAAACUAAACAGGACGACUUUAUGCAAAGGUCGAGACGCAAACUUCCAAAAUGGUUCGGUGAACGCCCUGGCAAGAAGGCCGGCGACCCAGAGACCCCCGAAGGCGAGGAGGACCUGAAGCAGACCGCCGAUGACGAUGACGAAGUCAUCAGGGAACCCAUCCCCGAACCAGAACCUGAAGAGGAGGAAGAAGAAGAGGAGGUCGAGGUCGAUGAGGAAGAAGACGAUGAAGAGGAAGAGGAAGAAGAAGAGGAGGAGGAGGAAGAAGAGGAGGAAUAAACAGCGCUAAAUAAUUUAAACAAACAAUACCAGAACUAUUAAUGAAAUAUGUAUUGAUACAAAUUCUUCCACUUGCCUUUGCUUUUUGUACUUCAUCUGUCUGUCAACUACAAUCAAUGCAAUGAACGGCAAGCGAUAGGACAAUCCAUCUACCUAUUAUCUACUUAUUUAUUUAUUAUAAAUAUUAUUGUUUACUUAAUUAAUAAUAACGAAUUCCGGCACACGGAAGCAGAUCACGCUACUGGCAUGUUCAGAUUAUGAUUUCAUAAUAUUUACUGUUAACUAUAAUAAAGUUGUAUUUGUAAUGACGAUUUGUGCUUUAAAUAUUCGAUGCAAAAAUAUUAUUAUUAAUAGCUGAUAGCAAA